UUUGUUUUUUGUUUACAAAAAGCAAAGCACACAAGCUGCAAGAACACGAGACUUAAAUCUGAUAAUUAAUUUUUGCAUUAUUAAUCACCAAAGAAAUUCUUAUUACGUUCAUUAAGUAAUAAUUUUUAAACGUUCAGCUAAAAAUGGAGGGUUCGCCAGACGAAGAAGUUUACGGUGAAGAAGUGGAGCAGGAAAAGUCUCAGAAGAAAAGUGCCAAGCACGACAGUGGAGCAGCCGACCUGGAAAAGGUGACCGACUAUGCGGAGGAGCAGGAAAUUAUGGCCUCUGACCUGGCCGGCGCGAUGACCAUCAUCGACAACAUGCGCAGGAAAGAGGAUGCCGAACGAAUAGCCAAGGAAAAGGAACUGGCUAAAGUUUCCAUUAAGAAGGAGGAUGUCGACCUCAUGGUCCAUGAGAUGGAGAUCUCGAGAAUCCUGGCGGAGAGAACUCUUCGAGAGCACCACGGGAACGUCGUCGACGCGCUCAUUUCCCUUACAAAUUAAUUUGAGUUUAAAUAAAUGAAUGAAUGUAAUUCUAUUGAUUGAAGUGAUAAAGAUUUUGUUUGGAGAAAACAAUCCAAAACAAAAAUUUGUAAACAGCUAAAA